AUGGCUGAAGUGAUCGGUACCAUCUCUGCAGUCAUUACACUUAUCGAAACUUCCAUAAAAAUCUAUGAUAGUGCUAAGAAGGAUAUCAAAUUAUCUGAGAUAUUCGAAACGGUUCGACGUCGGCUCCCUGUCAUUCUACAGACCCUCGCUACAUGUAAAGAAAAUCUCGAAACGCGAAAAGACUCGAUUCCCGAAGAUGUUUGUGAAGCUUUAGACGCCACCCUCUAUGUUUGUAAGAUAAAAGCAAGAAACUUAGAGGAAAUCUUUCAGAAGACCAUACCCGGCGAAAACGACACAAGAGAACAACGAUAUUCAAAAAUCCUCAGCAGACUCGGCAAAGGGAACAAAGUCGAAGAGCUCAUGCUGAGUCUUACUGAAGAGGUUCAGCUCGUGAUCAAUCACGAUGCGGUCAAGUCUGCGAAUCAGAGUCAAAAUGCUGAACUAAAAGAUAUCAUAGAGGAGAUGAAGUCUUUUAUCUCUACACCAGAUAAAGACAGCUCAACGAUGAAUUUCAGCACCGGAGGUGGAGCACAGAUUAAUAAUGUCCAACGCGGCAGUGGGAUAUUAUAUGCAAACAACGGCGAGGGAAGACAAUAUGUUGGUGAAAUCCAGAACUUCGGUAAGGACUAG